AAAUUUAUGAGAGUGAUCCUUCACUUCCACCUUACGCCAGAUCUUCAGCAUUGCCAUACUCAAACAAUUUUAUACCUUCGACUGACAUGACACGGUCAGAUUCCCCAGAACCAAUGAUGGUUGGGCCACCACCUUAUGCAUCGAAGACUGGUACACCAAAUUACGUUCAAAGCUCUUCCACCCCUAAUUAUGGUCAACCUCAUCAGAAUCCUCAAUACCCUCCACAACAACCUUAUCCACCUAAUCCUCAACCCAAUUUCUCUCCAAUAAACCAUUCUAAUGUAAUUUCACCAGAACGCUAUAAUUUAGAGCCUGUUUCGGAACCUAUUCCUGUUAUCAGACAAAAUCAACAAAACCCAAUAAUACACCCAAUAAUACCACCGCAAGCUACUUCACAACCAAUGUUGUCAGCUAUGGGCUAUCCGCGACAACAUUAUCCUAAUCAUGGAUCUCCUCAGCCAAGUCCUUUUCCACCAAAUCGAUCGAAUGUAAAUGCACUGGAGCGUCCUUAUAAUGAUUUGGCUGUCGUUUCUGAACCUAUCCCUUUCAUAAAACAAAAUCAACAAGAUCCUGCAAUAUCACAAUUACCAAUUCAUCAAUCUAAUAUAACAGCACCAGAACGUUCUUACAAUAAUAUUAAUAAUUUUGCAGCUGUUUCUGAGCCUAUCCCCCUUGCCAGACACAAUCAACACGACCCAAUGAUAACAUCACAUGCUACUUCACAACCAAUAGUGCAUCUGCAACCGCCUUAUCAUAAUGGAUCACCACAAUCCUUUUCAAUGAAUCGAUCUAAUGUUCCUGUUACUAGACAAAAUCAAUACGAACAGAUAAUAGAAGAACAUUCAAUAAAUAAUAGUGGAUAUGUUCCAAAGUUUUCUAAUGAAGUACCCGAAACCGAUGAUGAUGAGGAUAGAAAUUCAUAUUCUCCGUACAUAGGAUAUUAUCAAAAUACACAAUCCGUUAGUUUACAACAAAUAAACAAAGGUGAUGAUGCAUUUCUAUCUCCGCAACAUUCACGUUCGUCUUCUAUAGGAUCAAAUAUAGGAGAAGCAAUUCCUUUCAGCUAUCAAGAAGAUGAGAAUAUAUAUACCAAUGAACGGAACGGCUCAUAG